GUGAAAAAAAUAAAAAAAAAUGGACCCAAAAACCGACAAAUUGGUGAGGAGGACGACCAUGAUCGCCACUGUCACUGCUUCUUAUUUUCUCCUCACUGCUGAUUAUGGCCCCGAACCUAAUUUUCUCGAACCUAAUUUUCUCGACCCCAUAAAAAGGGCUAUAAAAUCAACUGAAAAGUCGGUGAAAGACUUUGUUUUCGGAACAAAGAAAGACGCUCAACAAAGCGAGAUCAACAACAAAGUGACUUCCGACGUACCCGAGAAGCACCCGUAAUCUCUCUAGCUUAUCUCAAUAACACUUUUUUCGGACAAAAAAAAAAAAAAGAAAUGAGCCUUUGUAUAAAACAUCCACUGCGAUUUUCCCAUGUCCAAAGUUUAUGAUGCAGUAUAAAUGCCCUAAUUGCAAUGUAUUCUAUGCCGUUGAAGAAUUUGCUAGUUAACUUUGUCGGUGAAGUUCUUAACCAGCAAACGGAGUAUAGCCUAUUGAUUUAUUGCCCUAACAUUUUGAUUGUCAA